GUCACGGUUCUACGAAGAUAUUUACUCGGCGUGGGUGCAUUUGGAAUCUUCACUCGUCCACGUGCGUCGGAAAAUGUGCCACACUUGAAGAUUCGGAUUUAACUUUGGCGAAAAUGUGCAUAUAUAAGUGGAGAUUGAUGCAGUAGAGGAAAAAAAUUAAUUUUUAGAACUUUUUUCGUUUUGGAUUAUUUCUCUGAUGUAAACUAAGCUAAAUUGAAAGAAACGAGGAAUAUUUCUAUCGAAUCCGUAAAUGCAUUGACAAUUAUAAUAUCAACUCAAUCAACUUUUACAUAAAAUAAUACGGUCUUUAAUUUCAAAAUUUGAAUAUUUAGCUGACUGAUUUUUAGUUUCGGAAUGUGAAAAAAAUCCAGAAUUUUGAAAGUGAUAAGGUUAUAUUAGAUAGACAUAUUGUGUAUUCAACUUUUAAAAUGAAAAUUUUUCUGUCAAAAGUGUUACUGUUUCUUCUAUAAACUUUUCAAUAGAUAAAGUUUCUGUAAAGUAAACUAAGCGACGGUUCAACGGAAUUAAAAGAAACGAAGAUUGUUCAAUCAAAUACAUCAGUUACAUCAUCAGCUCAAUCAGCUUUUACGUCAUAUAAAUAUUAUACUCAUUGAUUUCAAAAUGAAAAAAUUCAACAGACUGAUUUUAAGCUUUGGAGUGUAAAAACGUUCUGGAAUUGGAGGUGGUAAGGUUAUAUUUUAUGGCAGACAAAGUGUUAAAAACAUUAAAAUGGUUAUAUCAAAACUUUUAUCUUUAAUAUAUAAACUGUUCAACAGAUAAAAUUUCUGUAAAGUAAACUAAGCGACGGCUCAACAGAAUUGAAGGAAGCGAGGACUGUUCAAUCAAAUACAUCAUAUGUUGUCAAUAUUAUCAGCUCAACCAACUUUUGCAUAAAAUUUUAGUGUUUGAUUUCAAAAUGAAAAAUUCAAUAUACUGAUUUGAAGCUUCAGAAUGUAAAAAAAAAAAAAAAAACCGGAGUUGAAAGUGAUAACGUUAUUUUUUCAAGAUUAAAAUCGGCAAAAAAUUUUAAAAUAGUUAUAUCAAAACUGUGUUACUGCAAAAUAUAUAAACUUUUUAACAGAUGAAUUUCUGUAAAGUAAACAAGGCGACGGUUUAACAGAAUUGAAAGAAACAAGAAUUAUCUAUAAGAUACAUAAUAUAUUGUCUAUAUUAUCAGCUGAAUGAAUUACAUAAAAUAUUAUACUCUUUGAUUUAAAAAUGAGAAACAACAGACUAAUGUUGAGCUUCGGAAUGUAAACUUUCCGGAAUUGAAAGUGACAGUGAGUGAUUUGAUGAAGAACAAAGUGUAAAAAUGUUUACAAUAGGAAUAGUUAUACCAAUUGUAAAAAUGUCCUAACAAAUGUUAUUCUUCAACAUAUGAACUACUCAUAUAACUGAAUAUAUUUAGGAAGACAAAUAAAUACUUUUUAGGUUACUACACUUCGUUAUCUUUUAGAAUGAUGACAAGAUAAAAUUUAAAAAUAUUGACAUUCUCCCGAAAAAAACAUAGUAGUGAAGUAAUUUGUCUUGUCUGAAAUAUUUUCUUGCUUACAAAUUAUUGUUAUUUCUUUUGAACUUAAAACUUAAAAUUCUGAUUAUGAAUUCAAAAGCUGAAAAUUUAUACGUUAUGUGAUAGAUUUAGUAACAUGCAUAAGUAUUAGCAAUAGAUGUUUAUUUGGUAGAAUUUUUAAUAGAUAUAACUAAUGAAAUAAAAAAUAUCACAUCAAGACUGAUUAAGAUAUUCAAAAACACUACUUAAAAUACUCGCAGAUACACGAAUGUAUGGGUAAUACUUUUGCAAUUUUAUGUUAAAAAAUGAUUUCGCGCAUUAUGUAACAAUCAAAAUACAGGCAAUUGCACCAAAAGCUUAAAAAUUUUUGAAAAAUAAAGGAAGGAAGAAACCGUUAUUAGAAUUCUAACAAAUGUUACGCAAUCGGUUUCUGUGCUGUCCAUGAUAAUACAGCAGUUUACUUUAAAAGUUGUUUAAAUAACAGCACCACCAUUGCUCUGCAUACAAAAAUGAAUUUUAAUUCUAAAAUUACAGUAAAACAGAACUAACUCUUUGGAAUAAUCUUCGAAGAGAACAAAUUGCAGCAAGAAUUUCUAUCUGCAAAUUUCAACCUCUUACACGUAUUUGGCCAAUAAGAGGGCAGUUAAACUUUUGAACUAAUUCACGCUAACAGUUUGGCUACUUUUAUAUUUGGUCUGCGAAACACAUAUGGACUAGUGGAAAAGUUAGAUCUACUAAGUCUUUGUGAUGAAUGAUUGAAGACGAGUACGAGCACUAACAAGAAUGGAUGAACAAAAAAUAUCAGCUUAUACUUCCAUGACGACUGGCGAAGAUUCCUAAAGCUUUGAUAGGUAGAUUGAAUAAUGCGGAAGAGACUUCAUCUGAAGUACUCACUUAUUGGAACUCUUCUAUUGGUGAUUCUCUCCACGCAUUCAGUUCUUCCCGAGGUAUUUCUUGAAGCCAUGGUAGACAGCAGCGCCAAAAUGCCUUGCAACGUUCUUCAGAAGAAAGACGACACCGUCGAGUUCAUCUUUUGGUACAAGAACGAUGGCGUCACUGCUCUGUACACGCUGGACGCUCGAAGUCGCCCUCUUGGCGAAGCAUCUCACAUUCGAAACGAAACUUACAGUGAUCGAGUGCAAUUUUAUAUUACCGCUGAAACGCCUUAUCUACAGCUGGACUACCUCAGGGAAGAAGACAGUGGGAAUUACUUCUGCCGUGUUGAUUAUCAGUGGUCAGCGACGGAGCUUACGAAAGUCAAUCUAAUUGUUGUUGUGCCUCCAAAAAAACUAAUUAUCAGAGAUGAUUCAGGUCAAGAGGUUCGAGAGUUAGCUGGGCCUUAUCGGGAAAAAUCUGAUAUAUCUUUAUCUUGUGAAGCACAGAAAGGUUUUCCACCACCUAAUGUUACUUGGUGGAGGGAUGGUAAGCUAUGGGACAACACUUUCCAAAAAUACGCAAGUGGAGUUGUCAACGAUUUGAAGUUGAUGAAUCUUAGCCGAUCGGAUAUCUAUGCAACAUUUUAUUGCAAAGCUCAAAACACUCGGCUAAUGGAACCAGUUCUGCGAAGUGUCAUCUUAGAUAUGUACCUUUAUCCUCAAAGAGUCAGCAUCAUCAACAGGCCGACGUCUAUAUCAGCUGGUAAGCGGCUGGAGUUCAAAUGUGAAUCGUGGGGAUCUCGACCUCCGGCAAAGAUAUUUUGGAAACUGAAUGGGACCAUGUUGUCCGACCAUACUGAAACCGUCCAAGACAACGUAACCUCCUCCAUUCUUCGUCUUUUUCCGAAAUUACGCCAUCACAAGUUGGUUCUUUCAUGUACUGCAGAAAAUCCAAAAAUGUUCGGCAGUGGCAUGAUUGAUAACAGAGUGCUCAAUAUCACAUACGUACCUCAAGUGUCUCUUCGCCUCAUUAAGGAGGAAGCUGACCGUCAACCAAAAGAAGACGACUAUUUACGCUUGGUCUGUGAAAUCGAUGCCAAUCCUCUCGUGCUAAAAAUUGGAUGGCUAUUCCAAGACUUGCCUUUAUCUCAUAAUCAAUCUAGAACUGAUAUCGUCAGUGGCAACACACUAGUGUUCAAGAGACUUACCAGAAGGAAUCGAGGACGAUACAGGUGUUAUGCCACCAAUGCAGAAGGCAGAGGAAUGAGUCAAGAACUAACGCUUAACAUAAGUCAUGCUCCCGUGUGUAAAGAAAACCAACAAAUCACGUAUGUUGUUGGUCUGAACGAAAGCGUGACUGUGCGAUGCGAAGUUGAAGCUGUCCCACCGGACGUAACAUUCAAGUGGGAGUUCAGCAACACAGUUCACAAGCACUACAACCUCCAACAUACCAACGAUCGAGUGGUGAGUCUCGCUACUUACAGACCGGUCACGUCAGCUGACUAUGGCACUCUCUUCUGUUGGGCCAAUAAUAGCAUAGGACACCAGCAAUCGUCUUGCUUUUUUACCGUGAUUGCGCCGGCGUGCAAAUUGGACAGCACAAAAGUGAAUGCCUCUAGCCUUUCAAGAGAUGGAAGUGAGAACAUUUGGCCACAUUCCGUGACCACUGCAGUUGUGAUAGUGGCUUCAUCUGUCGUUAUUGUUAUUGCUGUUUGUGCAAUCUAUUUUCGAAGGAUAUAUUUGGAGAAAAAGCAAAGACCGAUGAGGCAAAUUCUAGACGAACGAGUUAGCAUUUGCAGCAGAGUUCAAUGUCACAGCAGUGGGCAACAACUGCACAUUCUCAUAGCAAAAUGAAAUAGUUUCCUGCACGCUCAAGGGAAACUGACGAAAACGGACACACCUUCAAAUGCUCAAACAGGCACAUAAAAAUUUUUUAACUGUGAUGUGUUAAUAAAAAUCUGUACCACUAAAUCAGUACGUGGACCAUAUUUUAACUUGCUGUUAAGUGUUAAGUGAUAUACGAAGAAGACUGUCUUUGACAGAAAGCAGCGACAGAUUUUAUGUAUAUCAUUGUUGAGUAGGAUGUAAACGUGUAUUUAAUAAAAAAU